UCGGUCAUCAGAUCUACAAGUCUGUAAGAGUUACGAAAGUGCGGUAGGGAAAGUAAAGGGAAUCCGUAAAAAUGGUGUUGGAAAUUUAUUUGGACCUCAUUUCACAGCCUUGCAGAUCGGUUUACAUCUUCGCCAAAAAGAACAACAUCCAGUUUGAGUACAAGAAGGUGUCUUUAAUGGCAGGUGAGCAUUAUGGGGAAGAAUUUGGCAAGAUCAACGUAAUGAGAAAAGUACCCGCAAUCCGAGAUGGAGAUUUUUGUCUUGGGGAAAGUAUUGCCAUUAUGCAAUACCUGGUGGAGAAAUAUGGCACCCCGGAUCACUGGUACCCAGCUGACUUGCAAAAGAGAGCACGUGUGAACGAGUAUCUGGCCUGGCAGCAUUCAGCUAUGAGACCCCAUGGGUCCAAGGUACUCUGGCUAAAGCUCAUGAUUCCAAAGGUUAUGGGCACUGAGGUUCCCAAAGAAAAGAUGGAUGCUGCUAUUGAGGAUCUCGAAGGCUCACUGAAGCUUAUUGAGGAAAAGUUCCUUCAAGACAGACCGUUCAUUGCCGGAGAGGAGAUCUCACUGGCUGAUCUGGUUGCGAUUGUGGAAAUCAUGCAGCCUGUAGGUGCAGGUUUAGAUGUCUUUGAUGGACAUCCCAAGCUGACCGCAUGGAAAGACCGAGUUCGGGCUGCGAUCGGUGCUGAACUAUUUGACGAAGCUCAUCAGGGAAUCCUUUCAGCCCAGGAAAUGGCAAAAACCAUGGAUGGCAGCAAACUGCAGCACUUCAAAGCCAGGAUCCUCAAAAUGUUCCUAUAAGAACAGAAAAUUUAUAGCAUGAAUCCAAGAAUACCCAACAUUUAUUGAGUAACUUGAAUGUAACUGUCACUGCAAGUUAUAUUUCAUGGAAAACCUUAAUUAAUACAAUAGACAAACACUGUCUCAUUUCAAACCCAUCACCAAAAAUCUGUUAAAAUAUUGACAGUUCAGAGCAGACAAUUUUACACCAUCAACCUGAACAUUUUUUUUCCAAUGUAUCAUUGUUUUCCAAUGAUCUAUGUUGCUUAGAUUGGAUGCAAGUGCAUUUGUAUUAAGUAUUACAAUGCUAAUUAAACCUUGUAAAUCAUCAGUA